GGCGCGAGGCGGCGCAGAGCGGCGGUCGGUAUGGAAGCGGUACCCCGCGAGGAGAAACCCAACCCGCUGCAGGAUGCCAACCUCUGCUCCCGGCUCUUCUUCUGGUGGCUGAAUCCAUUAUUUAUUAUUGGCCACAAACGGAAACUUGAAGAAGAUGAUAUGUACAAAGUACUGCCAGAAGAUUCCUCAAAGAAGCUUGGGGAGGACUUACAGUGGUACUGGGAUAAAGAGGUGCAAAAAGCAAAAAAAAGAGGAAAAACACCCCAUUUAACUAAAGCAAUUAUUCUUUGUUACUGGAAAUCCUAUUUAGUUCUUGGAAUUUUCACAAUGAUUGAGGAAACCCUCAAAAUAGUUCAGCCAGUAUUUUUGGGAAAAAUUAUUAGUUAUUUUGAAAACUAUGAUGCCUCAGAUGAGGUGGCUUUGAACAUUGCAUAUUGCUACGCAGCUGCUCUGUCUGUGUGCACACUGAUUCUAGCUAUAAUGCACCACUUAUACUUCUAUCAUGUACAGCGGGCUGGCAUGAAGCUCAGAGUGGCUAUGUGUCAUAUGAUUUAUCGGAAGGCGCUCCGUCUCAGUAAUGUAGCAAUGGCAAAAACUACCACUGGACAAAUAGUAAAUCUUCUCUCAAAUGAUGUGAACAAAUUUGAUCAGGUAACAAUUUUUUUGCACUUCUUGUGGGCUGGACCAAUUCAAGCUGUAGCAGUAACAGUACUUCUCUGGAUGGAAAUAGGCCCAUCGUGUCUUGCAGGAAUGGCAGUACUGAUUAUUCUUCUGCCUGUACAAACCUGCAUUGGGAGGCUUUUUUCUUCUUUAAGGAGCAAGACAGCUGCCUUUACAGAUGUCAGGAUUAGGACCAUGAAUGAAGUCAUAAGUGGUAUGAAGAUAAUAAAGAUGUAUGCAUGGGAAAAAUCAUUUGCGGAACUUGUGAGUGGUUUGAGAAGGAAGGAGAUCGCCAUGGUUUUGAAAAGCUCCUACCUUCGAGGAUUGAACUUGGCCUCUUUCUUUGUGGCAAGCAAAAUAACAGUGUUCAUGACUUUCAUGGCAUACGUACUACUUGGCAAUGUUAUCUCUGCAAGUCGGGUGUUUGUGGCAGUGUCCCUGUAUGGCGCAGUCAGGCUGACAGUAACUCUGUUCUUCCCUUCGGCUGUUGAGAGAGUAUCCGAGGCAGUGGUUAGCAUACGGCGAAUCAAGAACUUCCUGAUACUUGAUGAGGUCUCACACUUCAAACCACAACUGCAAGAUAAUAAUGAGAAUGUCAUUCUUCAUGUUCAGGAUUUGACUUGCUACUGGGAUAAGAGUUUAGAAAGCCCAGCACUCCAACAGCUUUCAUUUACCGUCAGACAAGGGGAAUUACUGGCUGUGAUCGGUCCUGUGGGAGCUGGAAAAUCUUCCCUCCUAAGCGCUGUGCUUGGUGAGCUACCUAAGGAGAAAGGUUUGAUAAAUGUUUCUGGAAGAAUUGCCUAUGUUUCUCAGCAGCCAUGGGUGUUUUCUGGUACUGUUAGAAGUAACAUACUGUUUGACAAGGAAUAUGAGAGAGAAAAGUACGAAAAAGUUUUAAAAGUCUGUGCUCUCAAAAAGGACUUGGACUUACUAGCAAACGGUGACCUAACAGUUAUAGGAGAUCGUGGAGCUACGCUGAGUGGGGGACAGAAGGCCCGUGUAAAUCUGGCCAGAGCUGUAUAUCAGGAUGCAGAUAUCUAUCUUUUGGACGAUCCACUGAGUGCAGUAGAUUCUGAAGUUGGAAGACAUUUGUUUGAAAAGUGUAUUUGUCAGGCUUUACAUCAGAAGAUCUGUGUUUUGGUGACUCACCAGUUGCAAUAUCUCCGUGCUGCAACUCAGAUUCUAAUAUUAAAAGAUGGUAAAAUGGUGGGAAAAGGGACCUAUUCAGAGUUCCUGAGGUCUGGCAUCGACUUUGCUUCCCUUCUGAAAAAAGAGGAGGAGGCAGAACAGCCGUCAGUUCCAGGCACCCCAAACCUGAAGUCCUCCCGGAGCCGUACCUUUUCAGAGUCCUCUGUCUGGUCCCAGGAUUCUUCUGUCCACUCAAUGAAAGAUGGAGCAGUGGAGCAACCACCUGCUGAAAAUCCACUGGCUGCCGUGUCAGAGGAGAGUCGUUCUGAGGGAAAAAUAAACUUUAAAGUUUACAGAAAAUAUUUCACUGCAGGAGCGAACUACUUUGUGAUUUUUAUACUUGUAUUAUUUAAUAUUUUGGCACAGGUGGCAUACGUGCUCCAGGAUUGGUGGCUUUCUUACUGGGCAAAUCAUCAAGAAAAGCUGAAUGUUACAACAAAUGGAAAUAAUGGAGCAAAUGAGACUGAGCAUCUAGACCUUACCUUUUAUUUGGGAAUUUACGCAGGUUUAACGGUGGCUACAAUACUGUUUGGCAUAAUAAGAAGUCUUCUGGUCUUUCAAGUUCUUGUUAAUUCUGGUCAGACCUUGCACAACAAAAUGUUUAAAUCCAUUUUGAAGGCUCCUGUCCUGUUUUUUGACAGAAAUCCUAUAGGAAGAAUCUUAAAUCGUUUCUCAAAAGAUAUUGGCCAUCUGGACGACUUGCUUCCACUGACAUUUUUGGAUUUUGUGCAGACUCUUCUACAGAUUUUUGGUGUGGUGGCUGUGGCUGUGGCAGUGAUUCCUUGGAUACUCAUUCCCUUAAUUCCACUAUUUAUUCUUUUCAUUUUUCUUCGACGAUAUUUCUUAGACACUUCAAGAGAUAUUAAACGUCUAGAAUCCACAACUCGGAGUCCAGUGUUCUCCCACUUGUCGUCAUCCCUGCAGGGCCUUUGGACUAUUCGGGCUUUGAAAGCAGAAGACAGAUUUCAAAAAUUAUUUGAUGCACAUCAAGACCUCCACUCAGAGGCCUGGUUUCUAUUUUUGACGACCUCGAGGUGGUUUGCUGUGCGUCUGGAUGCCAUCUGUGCCAUUUUUGUUAUAGUGGUUGCUUUUGGUUCCCUGCUUCUUGCCAAGACUUUGAAUGCGGGGCAAGUUGGUUUGGCACUGUCCUAUGCAAUCACUCUCAUGGGAACAUUCCAGUGGGGUGUGAGACAAAGUGCUGAAGUUGAAAACCUGAUGAUAUCAGUAGAAAGAGUAAUGGAAUACACGGAUCUUGAAAAAGAAGCCCCUUGGGAAACCAACAAGCAUCCACCACCUGAAUGGCCAAGCCAUGGAAUGAUAGCAUUUGAAAAUGUUAACUUCACUUACAGUCUAGAUGGCCCUUUGGUGUUAAGACAUUUGUCUGUUGUUAUUAAACCAGAAGAAAAGCAGUCAUUACUGCAUACAUCUGAGUCUCAGGCAGUGGGUAAUUGCCCUCUGGUGUCUGUUGGAAUUGUGGGAAGAACAGGAGCAGGGAAGAGCUCUUUGAUAGCAGCCCUUUUUCGGUUGGCUGAACCUGAAGGAAGGAUCUGGAUUGAUAAGUACUUGACAUCAGAGCUAGGCCUCCAUGACUUAAGGAAGAAAAUUUCAAUUAUACCUCAGGAGCCCGUAUUGUUCACUGGGACAAUGAGGAAGAACUUAGAUCCUUUCAAUGAAUACACUGACGAAGAACUGUGGAAUGCCUUGGAAGAGGUGCAACUGAAAGAGGUUGUGGAAGAUCUACCUAAUAAAAUGGAGACACAGCUGGCAGAAUCUGGGUCUAAUUUUAGUGUUGGUCAGAGGCAGCUGGUGUGUCUUGCCAGAGCAGUUCUAAAAAAAAAUCGGAUCCUUAUCAUUGAUGAAGCAACAGCAAAUGUGGACCCAAGAACAGAUGAGUUCAUCCAAAAGACAAUCCGUGAAAAGUUUGCUCAGUGCACAGUUCUGACCAUUGCACACCGCUUGAACACCAUUAUCGACAGUGACAGAAUUAUGGUUUUAGAUGCAGGAAGACUAAAAGAAUAUGGUGAGCCUUACAUUUUGCUGCAAGAAAAGGACGGCUUGUUUUACAAAAUGGUGCAACAAGUGGGCAAGACAGAAGCAGCUUCUCUGAUUGAAACAGCAAAACGGGUUUACUUCAGUAAGAAUUACCCAGAAGUUGUUCAGAAUGGUCAGCUUGCCACAGACUCCUCGCUGGAUCCUUCCUCAGGAUUAUGUGUAACUGAAACUGCACUGUGAUUCCUCAUGACCACAGUUUUUUUCCACUGAAUAUAAACCUGAGAGCAUCCAAACCAUCGAUGUUCACGAGUGUCAACGGGAGAGGAAAAAGAGGGGGCGAUUCUUUGCACUGGACAUCCUUUUAUUUAAUACUGAGGAGAAGAGUUUUACUAUCCCUGUUUCUUUGAUUUCAGUGCAAUAUUUUUUUUUCCUUUCCAACUAAUUAUUUUUGUAUUGCUAAGGAAAUUAGGCAGACUCAGUUCUUAUUUGAAAGUUAUGUGUCUGUUAUUUAAACAGGUGCAGGACACCUAACAGGUCUAGGGUGCAUCUUUGGAAUUUAUUAAAGAAAGAUUGGAGUGUGUCCCUAUUCUCAGUUGGAGAUACUUUGAGAGCAAACAAAGCCAAAUGUUUUUUUAGUGUCACUGUACCCCCACAGCUGUGCCUAAACAGCAGGUUUGGAUAUGUACAACUUAGCUUCUAACACAGGUGUUUCUCUACCUGUCACAGGUAGCUAUGCAGAUGGUAGAAAAAAAAAACAAAAAGAAUUAAAAGCCAAAAACACUUUCUUUUUUGAUAGCAAAAAGUACUAUAUACUUAGAUUUUUUUUAUAAUUCAAGUAAUGCUGUUCAAGAUGAAUGUAAAUGUAAGUUUUAUUUUGCUGAAAUCCAGAUGCUGAAAAAUCAGUCUCAGUCUUCUCUACUUUAGAAGAGAACAUUUGCACUGAAGAAAUAUUUAAAUAAUUUAACACACAUUCCUCUUUUUAUCCAGGUUAUCAGAGAAAAAAAAAAAAGUAUUAAAAUAACUUGAGGAAAUCUUUGAAUGACAUGUCAUUAUACCUAAAUACCACGUAGUACAAAGUUAUCUUCAACACACCACAUUGAAAUGUAUACGUUAUUUGCAUUUAUUGUGCCUUAAUAUUUGUGCCUUCAAGCCAAAGCUGUAACUGCAGGGUACACAACAAAUUCAUUAAAUAUAUGUUAAAAAUAUUUAGCCUUAAUAUAUUUAAAGUUUUGCAUCAAGGAUUCUGUUGAACUUGUGCUGUUUGAAGUUACCAUACUGCUGGAAUAGGUAGGGAAGUGCAACCCGUACGUUUGAAUGGCUGUUGCUGGUACUGAGGAGAUUGCAGUGAGAUUCUGUAUUUGUACACCAUGUCCUGAUUCAGCAAAGCACUUCAGUGUAAAGGCACUAUUCUUGUGGUUUAAAAAGUCAGGCAAGUGCUCUUCUGCUGCAGAGCUUUUUUGUCUUCAGUGAGAUACCUACCCUUUGAGGUCCAGUACAGAAUAAAUCUAUUCCAAUUAUUGUCUGAAGGGACAGAAGGCACUGAAAAACAACAGGUCUCUUCAGGACACAGAGAACACUGUGCUUUUUAGAAAAAGAAAAAUAGUAAAAAAAAGAUGCUUGCUAUUACCUUGGCAAGCUAAAUAUUGCUCACCCAAUGUUCCCCCAACAGUCGAAAAUUAAGGCGAACACAAAUGUUUCUCAUUUCAAGCCAUUUUACCAGCAAGUAAGUUGCUGACAUACAAGAUUGUUGUUUGUAUUGUUGUUGAGAAGCAAUCUGAGGCCAAAGCCUGUGCCUGAAGACAGGGGCUCAUCCAGGAGGGCUUUGUCCUGUGCAGAAGUUGGUGGUGAGAGGCAAAACCUUCUUUCCCUGCUGCCUGUGCCCCCACCAAUUGGCUUCUCUGGUGGAUGGGAGGAAAAGACAGGCGCUGGGUGUUGGAUUUGCUGGCAGCAUCCUCCUGUACUGUUAGCAGGAAGGUACGCAACGAAGCGCUCUUGCCCUUAGCUUUCUUUUGGCAGUCUCUAACACUUCUGUGGGGCGUCGCUCACUAUUGCAAGUGUCUCUGAGAUAAGUGGAACUGAACUUCACGUGGGUCUUGUCCUUUGUCUGGUGCUAAGUACAAGGCAGUCAGGGAUGACUACGUGUCCCCUGGCACAGAUUGGCUCAUGUAAGCAGCAAGCUCAUAGCUAAUCCUUCUCAGAGCGCACCAGCCACAGCCUCUUUUCUGGAUCGCUUUGCCCCCUAUGUACCUAGCACACUAAACACUAACGUGUUUUGUUUUGUUUCUUUUCAAUUCAAGUGGUCUCAAAUAAGGAUAGGGCUAUUCUGCAGCUCAGCAGAAUGUAUUGCAGAGCUAUGUGAAGAUGUAGAGAAGUGUUUGAGGAUGUAAAGUCACAUGGGAUAAUGCUGGGGGAUUGUAUAGCAUGGAGAAAGCUCAGCCUUGCAUGGUCUUUCUUGUCUGUAACUGCCUUUUGGAAGUGGUCCAUGGCAUAAACCAUGUCCAAGCUCUGCUCAGCCUUUAUCAUAGAGAGAUCCAGCUGGAGUGCUCCAAAACAGAGCCAGAGUGAGCUGACUGUGACAGUGCAGACAGCUAACAGGGACUGGAGCUUGAGCUCAUGCGUUUCCCUUUUUUAUUCAGUAGUUUGGACAGAUGCACAGGGUCUGCCCAUGCUUUGCAAUAUUGAAUUAUUUUGAUUUCUAAAUAGUUCAUACAAGAAAAUAAGUGUGAUGUAUAAUACGCUGAGACUUUUAAAUGUUUAAAUGAGAGAACGUGAUGUUUUCAUGGCUAUAUAUUUUGUUUAUAUUUUUGUAAAACGGAAUUCAAGGAGGUCGAUAAACUGAGGGUAUAAUUAUAGUUUUAGUUCAUUUCAGCUCUGAAAUGAAACUAUGGUAAGUUGUAUUUCAGUGCUGAGCUCCAAGAUGCUGACUGCAGCCCACUCACUGGUAUGAGACCCUGACAAAUUCAGCUCUCAGUCUAUAAGGCAGAGUUAAUUUGAUCCUGCAGAUUUUUGAACGUGCACAAAAAUGCUAGGUAUCUGAAAAUGCUGAUCCUGCUUCUUCACAGGUUUUGACAGGACAUUACUAGCUGUAGGUAUAAAAAAUCAAAUAUUUAAAGAAUCACACUUGAAAACCGUACAUUACUGAAUAGAUCAGCAGAUAGUGAGCCAUUUGUGCCUGUCGUUGCCAUGAUAUCCACCUUUUUAGUUUAAAGUAACAAAUAUAUUUCAGUCAGGAAGUUGUUUCUUACAGAUUCUUUUGUUGCUUGUUGUUGAGAGUUGUUGUGAGUAGUUUAGGUGACUGUUGGUUAAGAUGGACACACCUAUUUAAUUUUAGGUGGGUGACAAAGUGCAUCGUGCCUGAAACUCGAGGAUGAGAGAGGCCUUCCUUUGUUGAAUGUUAUGGUCUGUUGUAUGUACAAAUUAUCUCUCCAGUGAGGUGUUUUGUGUUUCCUUCUAAAGAAAAGUUCAAAUAGUUCUAAAUUUCCACUUUGAAAAUGUUCGUGCUUUGUUUGGAGAAUAGUAAAGCUGCUUCUUUCAAGCUACAUUCCUUCAUGGGGAUCUUGGAAAAAGAACUCAGUCUUCAACAUUAUUAAAGCCUUUAAAAUAUUUCUUCACCAUAAGGUGCCUUAAAGUAUUCCAGAGUCUAAUAGGCAAUUCUGUGCAGAAAUACUGCACUGCAACAAUUGUGGGACUGUUGUUUGGUUCAAAAGUCUGGGAACAGCCUCUACUUGAGAUCGAAAGAACUGUUCCUCAAACGUUCAUUUUGGUAUCUCUUUGCUUUACCUGUCUGUGAAAGACCACUGGGAGAGUCAAAGCCAACAUGGUUCUCAAUAAUAGGUUAUUUCUGAUUUUGCUUAGGUUAAGGGCAAAAUUCUGCUCCGUGAGUUGAACCACAGUUCACUUGCCAGAUAGUUUUAGUCUUCUGUGAUAUCACUCAUGCUCCUCUUUGGAAGAGGGAGGACCUCCUUCUGACCAAGAUCAGGUUGACAAAGCGAUAUUGACAGUUUCUUUUAACCUUCCCAGUACACAUUUGGAAGUAAGGUGAAGGAAAGAACAAGGAGACAGAAGGUCUAAAUCGUAUAGAAAUUUCAGUGAAAAUGCUGCUUUUUGUGUUAAUCUGACCCUUCCAGAUGUCUCACCUUGAAGUCUGAGGGGGAAAGGGGAAGAAAAAGAUACUGACAUCACUUACAUCCUGUAAUGAUGAUGAGCUUCUGACACAUCAGCAGAAGAAUGUGGCUUUCUGUAUGUUUCACACUGUAUAACAUCGCACUGCUUUUCCAUCAUUUUAACUCCGUUUCUGUUUUGUUUUGGUUUUUACAUUUGUGUAACAAUUUGAUUCUGUUAUUUCUGUGGAAUGAUUUCUUUUGUCGACAUCCACGACAGCUUCUGUCGUACAAUAAAAUGUGUUUCUCAGAA